GAGGGUGCUCUCCCCGGGAUCCGCCCUUCCACCGUUUCUCCCUGUGAUGGGCCACGCUUCAGGGUCCAUCACUCCCAGGCAGCGACUGGGGGCCCCCUGCUCCGUCCAGCCCCGGGGCCCGGCAGGACCUCAGGGCAGCUCCCAUCCUGGGCCCCCUGCUUAGCGCCCGGCCCUGGCCCUGGCCCCCGCAGGCAGCUGGAGCCUGAACGAAGAGGAGCGGCUCAUCCGGCACCUGUUCAGCGAGAAGGGCUAUAACAAGGAGCUCCGGCCGGUGGCACGCAAGGAGGACAGCGUGGACAUCUCACUGGCCCUCACCCUCUCCAACCUCAUCUCCCUGAAAGAAGUGGAGGAGACCCUCACCACCAACGUGUGGAUAGAGCAUGGCUGGACAGACAGCCGGCUGCAGUGGGACCCCGCGGAAUUUGGGAACAUCAGCGUUCUUCGCCUGCCCCCCGACAUGCAACGACGGCUCCUUCCAGAUCUCCUACUCCUGCAACGUGCUGGUCUAUGACUCCGGCUUCGUGUACUGGCUGCCGCCCGCCAUCUUCCGCUCCUCCUGCCCCAUCUCCGUCACCUACUUCCCCUUCGACUGGCAGAACUGCUCCCUCAAGUUCAGUUCUCUCAAGUACACGGCCAAGGAGAUCACCCUGAACCUGAAGCAGGAGGAAGAAGAUGGCCGUGCCUACCCCGUGGAGUGGAUCAUCAUUGACCCCGAGGGCUUCACAGAGAAUGGGGAGUGGGAGAUAGUGCACCGGCCGGCCAGGGUCAACGUGGACCCCAGCGCCCCGCUGGACAGCCCCAGCCGCCAGGACGUCACCUUCUACCUCAUCAUCCGCCGCAAGCCCCUCUUCUACGUCAUCAACAUCCUGGUGCCCUGUGUGCUCAUCUCCUUCAUGAUCAACCUGGUCUUCUACCUGCCGGCCGACAGCGGUGAGAAGACGUCCAUGGCCAUCUCGGUGCUCCUGGCCCAGUCUGUCUUCCUGCUGCUCAUUUCCAAGCGGCUGCCGGCCACGUCCAUGGCCAUCCCCCUGAUUGGCAAGUUCCUGCUCUUCGGCAUGGUGCUGGUCGCCAUGGUCGUGGUCAUUUGUGUCAUCGUGCUCAACAUCCACUUUCGGACGCCCAGCACCCACGUGCUGUCCGAGGGGGUCAAGAAGCUCUUCCUGGAGACUCUGCCGGAGCUGCUGCACAUGUCCCGCCCCGCGGAGGACGCGCCCGGCCCCAGGACGCUAAUCCGCAGGAGCAGCUCUCUGGGCUACAUUUCCAAGGCCGAGGAGUACUUCUCGCUCAAGUCCCGCAGCGACCUCAUGUUCGAGAAGCAGUCAGAGCGGCACGGGCUGGCCCGGCGCCUCACCACUGCACGCCGGCCCCCCGCAAGCUCUGAGCAGGCCCAGCAGGAACUCCUCAGUGAGCUGAAGCCUGCCGUGGACGGGGCAAACUUCAUUGUCAACCAUAUGAAGGACCAGAACAAUUACAAUGAAGAGAAGGACAGCUGGAACCGGGUGGCCCGCACGGUGGACCGCCUCUGCCUGUUCUUGGUGACGCCUGUCAUGGUGGUGGGCACAGCCUGGAUCUUUCUGCAGGGCGCGUACAACCAGCCCCCACAGCAGCCUUUCCCAGGGGACCCCUUCUCCUACAACGUGCGGGACAAGCGCUUCAUCUAGGCCUGGGGGUGGGGUCUGAGCGGGGAGCGGCUCUCCCAGGAAGGCGGCUGCAGGGCCCCAAGUUGGUGCCUCGAGGCUGGGCUGAGAUCAAGGCAGGGAGCGGUUCCUUCGGCAAUCAGGGCAGGUGCUGGAGGGGGCGGGGCCGGCCGGGAGUGGACAUCAGCUGGAGGGGACAGCCAGGGCCAGCCGGGGAGAGGCAGGAGACUGCUCAAGCUGGCCUCGUGUCCAUCAGACAGGCAGAGCCUCUCGUGCCCCAGAUGCUGACAGAGGGGGCGGAGCCUGCCUCUCCCAGCUACACCCCUCCCACCCACACUCAACCCCAGGCCCCUCCCUUGCUGCCUUGACCACUACCCCUCCCCCCCGGCUCAGCAUCCCCUAGGUCACCUGCAUAACCCAUGGCACGGAAACUCAGCAUCCCCCAGCCCGAGCGCCUACACCCCCCCCAAAGUAGGACCGCCAUGCAGUAUUGGGGACAUACUUCCUGCUGGAAGCCACCUGCAUGGACUUGGCAGUGGACCGACCCCGCCUCAUCCAGCCCAAAGGAGCCUUCCGACGAUCUCAUUGCCCACGGCCACAUGCAAGUCCCUGAGCCGGAACCAGCAGGGGUGCUAUCCUGGAUGCCUGGUGUGAGCUAAUAAAUACUUGUGGCUUUAA